CGUGGGCUCAAAAUAGUGACAAGGUUGAUCGAUUCUCGUAUGCACGUUGCGCAACGAUUCACGCCGGCCCCUUCCACCUCACGGCAAGCUUUCGGGGAAGGUCUGCUGUGGUGCUUGCAGUCUACACUAGCCUCGAUUGUGGCCGCUGUCGAAGGAAGAUUCGACGAUUCCCGCCGUACGCGAUCGUCGCACACAUCACUGCUAACGUUACAGCGAUCAUCCCUGAACGAUGGACUUCGAGAAGACGGCUUUCGUAAUUACCUACACAGACGCCGAAUCGCUUGCCCUCCGGAACACACAAUGCACGAGCACAGCAGCAACGUGGGCGCUUGCACCCACUUUUUAUGCCCACUGCUGCCAGGGCUCUGGUGCGCAGGGAAACCCUUUGCAAUGUGCAUCUUUUGCGCAUGCUCGUGUUGUCGCACUCGCAGCCUCAGAAUCAGUCACCUGCCGCGAACAUGUUGCGCCGAACGCUUGACUCUGCAAUGUAUCUCCGGCUCUUUAUGAUCGACCAUAUAGACAACCAUUCCCCGACCUGCAUCGCCGCUCCACCGCCGUUGUUAUGGGUACCAAAGCGGUGAGUCUCAUCUUCAGGAUUGAUCCAGGCGCUUUAGGCUGUGAGGG